AUGGUGGCGGGAGCGGAAGGAAGCCAGGCAGAACAGGAGGAGCGAGUCGCAGCGGAGCAAGCUGGAGAGGUUGACAACUUCGCGGACAGUGCGAAGAUUUUGACAAGCCGCGACUGCUGGGACAGGAAGCUUGCGAAGGCCAGGCGACAGCUGGAGUCAGCGGCGGAUCAGAUCUUCGAGGCAGAGGCGACUUUGAACUACACGGUGAGGCAGAGGGGACGUGACGAGCGGAGGUUGAGGGUUGACAAGACUGCUGUUGUACAGCUGAGGCUGCUCGAGGAGGCGGGUGCGAACUCGAAGUUCUGGGGGCAGGAGGUGAAGCAAGCGGAGGUCGCGUAUGAGGAAUGGACUGUGAAGUUGGAGGAACGAGGAAACUCAGCUAUUCAUUCGGAUGGGGUCUCCUUGCUCGUGCACCUCGAGCGAGCAGAGGAGUGGCUGCUGGAGGCGAACUCGGAGGCUACUCGAGCCAUGCAGACGGAGUGCGAGAGGACGAGGGACCGAGAGGAGGCAGGCAAGAGGCUGAAGGAGGCGGAGGAGGAGCAGUCGAGCUGGACCAAGAAGGUGGAGGAGCUGGAGAAGAAGCUGGAGGAACUGCUGGGUAAUAGCGCGAGAACUGAUCGGAGCAGGGAAAGGAAAGCGCAUGAAGCUCUGGAUAGAGGAGGGGCAGAGAGGAGGGAAGAAUCGUAA